AUGGCUCACCCUCACCAGGGCUACGAUGAUGGCUACGGCCAGCAGCAGAACGAUGGCUACUACCAAGACGACCAAGGAUACUAUGACCAGCAGGGCUACGGCCACGAAGGCUAUUACGACGACAAUGGCUACUACCAAGGCCAAGAAGGCUACAACGACGGCUACUACGAUGCUGGCCAGCAAGGGUAUCAAGAUGAGUACUACAAUGAUCAGUACUACGACCAGGGCGCCCAGGGCCAGGGCUACGCACAGGGCCAAGGUCAGCCGCGACGAGGCCGUCGCGGUCACGAUUCUGAGGAAGACUCUGAGACUUUCAGUGACUUCACGAUGAGGUCCGACAUGGCCAGAGCUGCCGAGAUGGACUACUACGGCCGUGGCGAUGAGCGCUACAACUCCUACGGUGAGGGCCAAGGCCGUGGCUACAGACCUCCUUCAUCACAAGUCUCUUACGGCGGCAACCGCUCGUCGGGAGCCUCCACUCCGGUCUACGGUAUGGACUACACAAGCGCGCUCCCGGCUGGCCAGCGAUCGCGCGAGCCAUACCCUGCCUGGACUUCCGAUGCUCAGAUUCCAUUGUCAAAGGAAGAAGUUGAGGACAUCUUCUUGGACCUCACAGCCAAGUUCGGCUUCCAACGUGACAGCAUGCGCAACAUGUUUGACCACCUGAUGACUCUGCUCGACUCUCGCGCAUCCCGUAUGUCGCCAAACCAGGCCCUUCUCUCGUUGCACGCCGACUACAUCGGGGGCGAGAACGCAAAUUACCGGAGGUGGUAUUUCGCCGCUCAUCUCGACUUGGACGACGCCGUCGGCUUUGCCAACAUGAAGCUCGGAAAAGCCAACCGCGCCACCCGCAAGGCUCGCAAGGCGGCGAAGAAGAAGGCUGGUGCCGAGCCACAGAAUGAAGAGGCAACUCUGGAGAGCCUCGAGGGCGACAACAGCCUGGAGGCAGCUGAGUACCGCUGGAAGACACGUAUGAACCGCAUGUCUCAGCACGACCGGGUCCGCCAGCUGGCUCUGUACCUGCUCAUUUGGGGCGAGGCUAAUCAAGUCCGCUUCAUGUCCGAAAUCAUCUGCUUCAUCUUCAAAUGCGCAGACGACUUCUUGAACUCUCCGGCCGCUCAGGCCCGCGUUGAGCCAGUCGAAGAGUUCACUUUCUUGAACAACUGCAUCACCCCGCUUUACAACUACUGUAGAGACCAAGGAUACGAGAUCUACGACGGCAAAUACGUCAGGAAAGAGCGCGACCACCAGAAGAUCAUUGGUUACGACGACAUGAACCAGCUCUUCUGGUACCCAGAGGGUAUUGAGCGCCUGGUCUUCGAAGACAAGACUCGCUUGGUCGAUUUCCCACCAGCAGAGAGGUACGAGAAGCUCAAGGACGUCCUUUGGAAGAAGGCCUUCUUCAAGACGUACAAGGAGACACGCUCGUGGUUCCACCUGCUAGUGAACUUCAACCGUAUCUGGGUCAUCCACGUCGUCGUCUACUGGUUCUACACCGCACACAACUCUCCCACGCUCUACGUCAAGGACUACCAGCAACAGCGCAACAACCAGCCUCCGGUAUCUCAGCAGUGGUCAGUUGUUGGCUUUGGCGGCACUCUCGCCUGCCUCAUCCAAAUUCUCGCAACCCUGGCGGAAUGGUUGUACGUACCUCGUCGCUGGGCUGGUGCACAGCAUUUGACAAAGCGGCUCCUCCUCCUUCUCGCCAUGUUCGCUGUCAACCUCGCUCCUGGUGUUCUUGUCUUCGGCGGCAUCUUCGACCCCCACGAAAAGAUUGCGCUCGUCUUGGGUGUGGUCCAAUUCCUGCUGGCCCUGGCUUCCUUCUUGUUUUUCGCCAUCAUGCCUCUCGGCGGCCUCUUCGGAAGCUACCUCAACGGCAAGCGACGACAGUAUGUUGCCAGUCAGACGUUCACUGCAAGCUACCCACGACUGAAGGGCAACGACAUGUGGAUGUCGUACGGUCUCUGGGCUUUGGUCUUCGCCGCCAAAAUGUCUGAGUCGUACUUCUUUCUGACGCUCUCGUUGCGAGACCCCAUCCGAAUUCUCUCUACCAUGAAGAUCACGCGAUGCAUGGGUGACAACCUGUUCGGCGAUGGAAACAUGGACAUCCUUUGCAAGCAUCAGCCAAUCGUCCUUCUCAUCCUGAUGUACUUCACGGAUCUGGUGCUCUUCUUCCUGGACACGUACCUGUGGUACAUCAUUUGGAAUUCGAUUUUCUCGGUGGCCAGGUCCUUCUACCUUGGUGUGUCGAUUUGGACUCCGUGGCGAAAUAUCUUUUCCCGCCUGCCCAAGCGCAUCUACUCCAAGAUCCUCGCUACCACGGACAUGGAGAUCAAGUACAAGCCCAAGGUGCUCAUUUCGCAAAUCUGGAACGCCAUCGUCAUCUCCAUGUACCGUGAGCAUCUUCUCGCCAUCGACCAUGUGCAGAAGCUGCUCUAUCACCAGGUGCCAUCUGAGCAAGAGGGCAAGCGUACUCUGCGUGCUCCCACUUUCUUCGUAUCCCAGGAAGACCACUCCUUCAAGACCGAGUUCUUCCCAGCCCAGUCGGAAGCCGAGCGACGUAUUUCCUUCUUCGCCCAGUCCUUGUCCACGCCAAUUCCAGAGCCUCUGCCGGUCGACAACAUGCCAACUUUCACCGUCAUGAUCCCUCACUACAGCGAGAAGAUCCUCUUGUCUCUUCGUGAGAUCAUUCGUGAAGACGAGCCAUACUCGCGUGUCACUAUGCUGGAAUACCUCAAGCAGCUUCAUCCACACGAAUGGGAUUGCUUUGUUAAGGACACCAAGAUUCUUGCGGACGAAACUUCUCAGUUCAACGGCGACUACGAGAAGAAUGAGAAGGACACAGCGAAGAGCAAGAUCGAUGAUCUGCCAUUUUACUGCAUCGGUUUCAAAUCUGCCGCUCCUGAGUACACGCUUCGCACGCGUAUUUGGGCUUCGCUUCGAUCACAGACGCUCUACCGCACAAUCUCUGGUUUCAUGAACUACAGCCGCGCCAUCAAGUUGUUGUACCGCGUUGAGAACCCUGAGGUCGUCCAGAUGUUCGGCGGAAACUCUGACAAGCUUGAGCGCGAGCUCGAGCGUAUGGCACGUCGCAAGUUCAAGAUCUGUGUUUCGAUGCAGCGCUACGCCAAGUUCUCGAAGGAGGAGCGUGAGAACGCCGAGUUCCUGCUCCGCGCAUAUCCCGACCUUCAGAUUGCCUACUUGGACGAGGAGCCACCGGCAAACGAAGGCGAAGACCCGAGACUCUACUCCGCUCUCAUCGAUGGACACUCUGAGCUGAUGGAGAACGGCAUGCGUCGUCCCAAGUUCCGCAUCAUGCUUUCUGGUAACCCGAUCCUCGGUGAUGGCAAGUCUGACAAUCAGAACCACUGUCUCAUCUUCUACCGUGGCGAGUACAUCCAACUCAUCGAUGCCAACCAGGACAACUACUUGGAAGAAUGUUUGAAGAUUCGCUCGGUCCUCGCUGAGUUCGAGGAGAUGACCACCGACAACGUAUCGCCCUACACUCCUGGCAUCCCGCCCACAAACUUCAACCCAGUCGCUAUCCUUGGUGCGCGCGAGUACAUCUUCUCUGAGAACAUCGGUAUCCUUGGUGACGUUGCAGCUGGAAAGGAACAGACAUUCGGCACUCUUUUCGCGCGUACACUGGCUCAGAUCGGAGGCAAGCUCCACUACGGUCAUCCCGAUUUCCUCAACGGCAUUUUCAUGACCACUCGCGGGGGUGUUUCCAAAGCUCAGAAGGGUCUUCACCUGAACGAGGACAUCUACGCUGGUAUGAACGCUCUGCUCCGCGGCGGACGCAUCAAGCACUGCGAAUACUACCAGUGCGGCAAAGGUCGUGACUUGGGCUUCGGAUCCAUCCUCAACUUCACCACCAAGAUUGGUACUGGUAUGGGCGAGCAGAUGCUGUCCCGCGAAUACUACUAUCUCGGCACACAGCUCCCGCUCGACCGUUUCCUGUCCUUCUACUACGCCCAUCCUGGAUUCCACAUCAACAACCUGUUCAUCAUGUUGUCGGUGCAGCUCUUCAUGUGGUGCUUGCUCAACUUGGGUGCUCUUCGUCACGAGACGAUUCCUUGCCGCGUGGUCAAGGGCGCUCCGUUGACCGACCCAUGGCAUCCGACUGGCUGUGUGCAGACCCAACCACUGAUGGGCUGGAUCGAGCGUUGCAUCGUCUCCAUCUUCAUCGUGUUCUUCAUCUCUUUCGUCCCACUGACGAUUCAGGAGUUGACGGAGCGUGGAUUCUGGCGCGCGGCUACCCGUCUCGCGAAGCACUUCUCCUCGCUGUCUCCUCUCUUUGAGGUGUUCGUCUGCCAGAUCUACGCCUACUCUCUGCAACAGGAUCUGUCAUUUGGCGGCGCUCGCUACAUCGGUACCGGACGUGGUUUCGCCACCGCGCGUAUGCCUUUCGGUGUCCUCUACUCGCGUUUCGCUGGUCCAUCGAUCUACCUCGGAGCCCGUUGCAUGAUGAUGCUGCUCUUCGGCACAGUCACGGUCUGGGGCUACUGGCUACUUUGGUUCUGGGUAUCACUGCUCGCUCUGUGCAUCUCGCCCUUCCUCUUCAACCCGCACCAGUUUGCUUGGGCCGACUUCUUCAUCGAUUACCGCGAGUUCCUCCGCUGGCUGUCUAGAGGCAACACGAAGGCGCAUUCAGCAUCCUGGAUCGGCUUCGUCCGCUUGUCCCGAACCCGCCUUACUGGUUUCAAGCGCAAGGCGCUCGGCGAACCGUCUUCCAAGCUGUCCGGCGACACACCGCGAGCCAAGUUCACCAAUUUGUUCUUUAGUGAGGUGGUUGGCCCGCUUGUCUUCGUGGCCGUGACAGUCAUCCCGUACCUCUUCAUCAACGCACAGACGGGAGUCACGUCGCAGAAGAACCCGAACGCUCUCGACGGUCAACUCCACGCAACGAACUCACUCCUCCGUCUCGCCAUUGUUGCUUUUGCGCCGAUUGGCAUCAACGCCGGUGUGUCCAUCGGCUUCUUCGCAAUGGCAUGUUGCAUGGGUCCAGUCCUCAGUAUUUGCUGCAAGAAGUUCGGUGCUGUUCUGGCUGCCAUCGCGCACGGCAUCGCGGUCAUCGCGCUACUUAUCCUCUUCGAGGGCAUGUACGUGCUCGAAGGAUUCAGCUUCCCCAAGGCUCUUCUGGGUAUGAUCGCGACCAUGGCCAUCCAGCGCUUCGUCCUGAAGCUCAUCAUCUCGCUGGCCUUGACUCGAGAGUUCCGCGCCGAUACUUCCAACAUAGCAUGGUGGACCGGCAAGUGGUACGCUAUGGGAUGGCACUCCGUCUCUCAACCCGGCCGUGAAUUCCUGUGCAAGAUCACCGAGCUGAGUCUGUUCGCUGGUGACUUCAUCCUCGGUCACAUCCUGCUCUUCCUUCUGGCACCGGCGUUGCUUGUCCCGUACAUUGACAAGUUCCACUCGGUCAUGCUCUUCUGGCUGCGUCCAAGUCGCCAAAUCCGUCCUCCAAUCUACUCGCUCAAGCAGUCUAAGCUGCGCAAGCGCCGUGUCGUCCGCUACGCCAUCCUCUACUUCUCGAUGUUCUUCCUGUUCAUCAUCCUCAUCGUCGGCCCUGGCGUUGCUGGCAAGUACGGAGGUGACCUCACCGACACGCUGUGGGGCACUCUCGGCGGCGAGAGCAUCAUGUACCUGAUGCAACCCUCCGGCCUCAACCACAACGACACCACCAACAAAGCUACGGGUACGGCGCAGGCGGGUGGAGGUGGUGGUCCCUCGUCUUCAUCGUCUUCAGGAGGAUUUGCAGCAACGCCCGCGGCCGGCGCCAAGCGAGCGGUGUUUGCGUACGACAUGUACGUCUAA